AUGGCACAAAACUGUUCCUACUUCAAACACUUUACCUCGGGGGAGGAAGCUGAAGUUUUUGAAGUGAAGACACAGAAAGAGUACAAUAUAUCAGCAGCAGCCAUUGCCAUCUUCAGUCUGAUCUUUAUGAUCCUGGGCACCAUCUGUGUCAUCUUCUCUUUCGGGAAGGGACGGGACUACCUGCUCAGGCCUGCUGGGAUGUUCUUCGCCUUCGCAGGUCUUUGUAUUAUCAUAUCUGUUGAGGUUAUGCGCCAGUCUGUCAAGCGCAUGAUUGACAGUGAUGAGACCAUCUGGAUUGAAUACUACUACUCCUGGUCCUUCACCUGUGCCUGCGCCUCCUUCACGCUGCUCAUCCUCAGCGGGGGUGCCCUGCUCCUCAUCUCCAUGCCCAACAUGCCCCGUAACCCCUGGGAGACCUGCAUGGACGCCGAGCCGGACACAUUAGAUUAGCCACAGGUGAUACAAUGUCUGAAAGCCUGGGUAAAAAGACGAAAAAUACACCUACACCUUGAGCCCUUUAACUGAUGUUGUCCUAGUUAUUCCCACCUCCCUUGUCAAUUGAGCUUAGUUUAUGUUAGUAAAAUAUUAUAAUCAACUUGGAGAGACUUGUGAUAGUUAACCAGCCGCAACAAAAACUAUGAAUUUCACCUUAUCUUUACGGGCUAAAGCAGUGAGAAUAUGACUUGUUUGGAAACCUCUUCCUUUUUGAGGUUCAAGACCAGAGGAAUGGUUAAGUAACAUCUGAGACUUAAGAGUCAUCUGCCGAACAGAACCAAAACCAAACUUAUCUUUUAUACAAAGUCCAUGUGUGCUUAUUAAUUGUUUUUGGGCUUUGGUUUAGUGAUUUUAUGCCAAACAAGCAAUGCCAUAGUGAUAGACAAUCAGAACUGUAAUGUUAAAUUGUUUAUGGUCAAUCAGUACGAUUAUCUGUCCUUCGAAUGAAAGUACAAUUAUUUUCCAAAGUCUGUUAAAUACUGAACAAUAUCAUUGUAAAGAACAAAGUAUGUCAACAAGCAGACCAGACACGAUUAAACCUCAAGACUUAAAUGAUUCAAUACAAAAGACCAGGCAAGUUUAACAAAAGAAAGACUGGUUUGGAUUGUACCACACAGAUAGAAAUGGUGAGCUAUUGAACUGAAAGGCUGUGUUUUAAGUGCAGCAGUGGGUCGUUGUAAUGGCUUCUUCUCACUUCAGCCUCUUCUUUUCUCAAAGGACUUUUUUAAACCAAUCUAUACCAUUGAUUGUCAAUAGAGGAACACUUGCCAGAUACUCCAGUGUUGAUCAGUCGUUUAUUUCAGGUCAAUGUUCAGGACCUCUGGUGUCUUAACCUCCAAUCCACUAUUGUCCACAGCGUUUGCUAAACAGUAGGGUUAUGCUUUACAUGUUA